UGUUGUUUAGCUGCAUGGUAACGCGGAACUGUCGGUAAGAUCGCCGGAGUUGCGGCUGCAGCCAGUGAACGGGAACUUAUUGACUGUUAAGAGAAUUGUUCCAGGCAGCUUGGAUACUACAUGGAACAACAUAAUGACCGUAGAUGCCGUCGAAUGCCCGGAUAUAACCAGCUGUCCUUCGAUCCUGCAAACAAUGAUGAACCACUGCAGUUUAAUGAUUCAAAUGAACCACUGGUGACAGAAUGUUCUAUCGUCCCCUGUAAUGAACCAAUCAAGAAAAGGAGACGGAAUAAUACAUCUGCAGAUCAUUUCAAAAACUUAGCUUUAGACUCCAGCCCACCUGGAAUGUCAUUAUCGGACCCUACAGCUUGGACAACUGCUAUGAACAAUCUCGGAAUGGGGCCCCCAAUUGGAAUGACUGGACAGCCGCUUAUGUCAGAGUUUGACCGAGGCCUUAGUAUGAUGACUGGGAUUGCACCCAUUAACCCAAUGAUGCCUGGAUUGGGUAUUGUUCCACCAACAGUUCGUCAAAACAUGCUUGUAGUAAAGGAGAUCAUUCAUUGUAAAAGCUGUACACUUUUUCCUCCAAAUCCAAAUCUUCCACCACCUGCUAUGCGAGAAAGGCCUCCAGGAUGCAAGACUGUCUUUGUUGGUGGUCUACCAGAGAAUGCGUCAGAAGAGACAAUCUCUGAAGUUUUUGGACAAUGUGGUGAAAUCAUAGCGAUUCGUAAAAGCAAGAAAAAUUUUUGUCAUAUUCGGUUUUCAGAUGAAUUCAUGAUAGACAAAGCUGUCUAUUUGUCGGGUUAUCGAAUAAGAAUAGGCUCUAGUACAGAUAAGAAGGAUACAGGUCGACUUCAUGUUGACUUUGCUGAAGCUAGAGAUGACCUUUAUGAAUGGGAAUGUAAACAACGUAUGAUGGCUAGAGAGGAACGCCAUCGUCGAAGAGUGGAAGAAGAAAGAUUUCGACCACCUUCACCACCACCGAUAGUGCAUUAUUCAGAACAUGAAAGUGCUAUGCUGUCAGAAAAGCUGAAAGAUGAUGCAAAAUUCUCUGAAGCUGUUCAGACCCUUUAUACCUGGCUAGAACGAGGAGAAGUAAACCGCCGAUCAGCAAAUACUUUCUAUUCCAUGAUCCAGUCAGCUAACAGCCAUAUUCGAAGGCUUAUGAAUGAAAAACUUCUCCAUCAAAAAGAAGUGGAAGAAGCCAAAGAGAAGUUUAAGAAUGCUCUCUCAAAGAUUCUGGUUCAGUUUGAGCAGAUUGUCUCCGUUUUCCACUCUGCCUCCAAGCAAAAGGCGUGGGACCAUUUCUCAAAAGCUCAACGCAAGAAUCUGCAUAUGUGGCGAAAACAAGCAGAGGAAAUUCGCAACAUACAUAAUGAUGAGCUAAUGGGUAUUCGCCGUGAAGAAGAAAUGGAAAUGUCUGAUGACGAUGUGGAAGAACUGCCAAAGAACACAAUUACAGAUGAAUCGGCAUUGGCUGCUCAGGCUGAAACACUGAAGCAAGAGAAUGACAGUCUGCGUUGGCAACUGGAUGCGUACAGAAAUGAGGUAGAUUUACUAAAACAAGAACAGGGUAAGCUCUACCACACUGAAGAAGAGACUACAAAGGACCAGCAACUAAAACUACUCCAGCAGACAUUGCAAGGGAUGCAGCAGCAACUUCUGAACUUAAGAGAAGAAUGCAAGAAGAAAGAAACUGAAUUUGAGAAGGCAAAGGAAGAAAAGCAGAAAGCAGAGAUGUUGUUGGAAACACUUAAAAGGAAGGAGGAGUGUGUGUGUAGACAAGAUAUGGAGGAAAGUGAAAACCAAAUAACUAACAACACAGGAUGUGUAAUACUAGGUUCCAGUCAAGAGAAGGAUGGCGAAUUGGAUAGGGUCAUCACAGGGCCUGUUCGAUCAGAGAGAGAAGCACUACUUGUGGGUAUAAUUUCUACAUUCCUCCAUGUCCACCCAUUUGGAGCCAGCAUAGAUUAUAUAUGUUCUUAUCUACAGCGAUUGGAUGCAAAGAUCUCUCCCAGUGAAAUAGAAGGUCUCAUGUCAAGGCUUCAACAUGUGUUUCAGCAGGAGAUAACUGGCGUUGGUGCAAGUUUGGAAAAACGGUGGAAAUUUGGUGGCUUUGAUGGAAUCAAGGCCCUCCAAAACUAAUAACUUGGUGGUUACUCACAAGAUUACAGAACUACUCCAUACUGCUGCAUACUGUUACAAUUAAGUAGACUUUUUAAAAAAAGAAAAUACAUCAUCAACUUGAGCAAUAUAAGCUGCACUUGGAAACUGGCUUAAAGAAUUGUGUUUCUCAACCCCUUACUGUUGGAUAAUAAACUGUGCUGUGCAAUUAUAGUUGGUGUAGAAAAUGAAAGUAAGAUGAGCCAAAUUACUGCUGAAAUGUAAAUAGGCUACAACUUAAACUGUGAAAA